AUGAAAAUGGACACGGAGAAUCAGUUCUGCAGUCCAACUGAAAUGGAGACAGUUGUCAACAGUGAGAGGUGCAAAACAUGUGGAAAAAGUUACACACAACGUUCCACCCUGGUGGUUCACUCGAGGAUCCACACCGGCGAAAGGCCGUACCUGUGUAACACCUGCGGAAAAACCUUUACUGAAUCAUCAACUCUUAAACGGCACAUAACCACGCACACGGGCGAGAACCUGGAGAGGAGCUGCAGCCCGGACCAGGAGGAACCAGGGCAUCCACAGACUACAGAACUGGAGGAAGACUCCAGCGGUCAGGAGAUGAAACACGAGGACCUAGAGGUGGAUGUCUCAUUGGUCAAUGUCGCUGAUGUGAAAGUUGAAAAUGAUGAACCAGGACCAAACUGUGUCCAGCUGCUGUUGCACACUUCUCCCGAAGCUCAAAACAAAGAUGAGGAAGGGACUGAAAGUUUACGCUCAGACUCCAGUAAAACUGCAGAUCCAGAGCCAAUGAGACGACACGGUGACCGCGAAGAUGCUGCUGUCCCGUCAGACAGCAACUGUAAAUCAAAGCUGACCAGGACCCACACGGGGAAGAAGGCAUUUUCUUGCAGCACUUGCAGGAAAGAGUUCAGUAAAAGUAGUAUUUUAAUGGAUCACAUGAAGAUCCACACUGGCGAAAGGCCGUACCUGUGCAACACCUGCGGAAAAACCUUUACUAAAUCAUCAAAUCUUAAACGCCACAUAACCACGCACACGGACGAGAAGCCCUACAUCUGCAAAACAUGUGGGAAAAGUUACAGGCUACGUUCCCACCUGGUGGUUCACUGGAGGAUCCACACCGGCGAAAGGCCGUACCUGUGCAAGACCUGCGGAAAAACCUUUACUGAAUCAUCAACUCUUAAACGGCACCUAACCAGGCACACGGGCGAGAAGCCCUACAUCUGCAAAACAUGUGGAAAAAGUUACGGAGAACGUUCUACCCUGGUGGUUCACUCAAGGAUCCACACCGGUGAAAGGCCGUACCUGUGCAAUACCUGCAGCAAAACCUUUACUAAAUCAUCACAUCUUAAGCGCCACAUGAAGAUCCACACUGGCGAAAGGCCGUACCUGUGCAAAAUCUGCGGAAAAUCGUUUACUGAAUCAUCUGAUCUUAACCGGCACAUAACCACGCACACGGGCGAGAAGCCCUACAUCUGCAAAACUUGUGGAAAAAGUUACAGUCAACCUUCCAACCUGGUGAUUCACUCGAGGAUCCACACAGGCGAGAAGCCGUACUUGUGCAACACCUGCGGAAAAACCUUUACUAGAUCAUCAGUUCUUAAACGCCACAUAACCAUGCACACGGGCGAGAAGCCCUACAUCUGCAAAACUUGUGGAAAAAGUUACACAGAACGUUCCAACCUGGUGAUUCACUCGAGGACCCACACAGGCGAAAAGCCAUACAUGUGCAACACCUGCAGCAAAACCUUUACUAUUUUAUCGGAUCUUAAACGCCACAUAACCACGCACACGGGCGAGAAGCCCUACAGUUGCAAAACAUGUGGAAAGAGUUACAGGCUACGUUCCUACCUGGUGGAUCACUCGAGGACCCACACCGGUGAAAGGCCGUUCGUGUGCAACACCUGCGGAAAAACCUUUACUAAAUCAUCAAACCUUAAAAGCCACAUAACCACGCACACGGGCGAGAAGCCCUACAUCUGCAAAACACGUGGAAAAAGUUACAGGCUACGUUCCCACCUGGUGGAUCACUCGAGGAUCCACACCGGCGAAAGGCCAUACCUGUGCAACACCUGCAACAAAACCUUUGCUGUAUCAUCACAUCUUAAACGGCACAUAACCACGCACACGGGCGAGCAGCGAUAUUUGUGCAAGACACAGAAUUGAUUUGCUGAGUCACAUGAGAAAUCACCCGGAGGAGAAGUCUGGUGACUCGUGACAAAGGAUGCUCAUGUUGUCGUCCUCCGGGGGCAGGUGUCCACCCCUGUCUGACCCACAGAAGAAGAACCCGCAGAAGUCCAUCCACCACCUCCUGUGGCUGAUGAGCCUAAUCCCCUCCCCACAAGGGUUGCAGGUUCAACCCAGAUUUAUGCUUCUCCGUCAACUUGACGCAGAGGGAACAAUGUGGUUGUGUACACUUUUUAAAGUUCUGCAUUGAGGUUGUUUGAA